AUAAAGGCCACCUCUCCUUCUCCAUUUCUCUGCACAUCGAAUUCACAUAUCUACAACAAGAGAUACCCACAUAGACACACAGACAUAAACACUCUCUCUCUCUCUCUCUCUCUCUCUCUCUCUCUCUCUCAGAUACUCUCAUUUCAAGACUCAGACAGACUCAAAUAGUCACAAACAGGUUUCUUGGCUCGAAAAUGAAGGCAACUUCAGAGAAAAGGUACGCCCUUCUGCUCGCAGCAAGAGACUCGGACUACGUGAAGAAAGUCUACGGCGGGUACUUCAACGUAUUCGUCGCGGCCUUCGGGGAGGAAGGCGAGAGGUGGGACCUUUACAGGGUCGUGGAUGGGGAGUUCCCGGACAUGGACGAGCUCCACAAGUACGACGGCUUCGUCGUCAGUGGGAGCCCUUAUGACGCCUAUGGCAACGACUACUGGAUCCUCAAGCUCUGCUUCCUCUUGGAAACUCUCGAUGCCAUGGACAAGAAGAUCCUCGGGAUAUGCUUCGGCCACCAGGUGCUGUGCAGAGCAUUGGGUGGCAAAGUUGGGAAAGCACACACAGGGUGGGACAUUGGGCUGAGGAAGGUGAGGAUUGUGAAGGAUUUGUUCCCAUGUGGGUAUUUGAAUGCGAUGGAUGAUAUCCCGCCAGCUCUAUCCAUUAUUGAGUGCCAUCAAGAUGAGGUCUGGGAGGUCCCAACUGGUGCUGAAGUCAUUGCAUUCUCCGAAAAAACCGGCAUCGAGAUGUUCACAGUUCGUGAUCGCGUUCUCGGUAUUCAGGGCCACCCUGAGUACACCAAAGACAUUCUCUUCAAUCUCAUCGACCGCCUUCUUAACAACGGCUGCAUCGAGGUAAUUGAUCAACCGCAUCACUAAUAAAGGUUUCGCUGAAGAUGCCAAGUUCGCUUUAGAGAUGACAGAGCCAGAUCGAAAAUGCUGGGAAAGGAUCUGCAGAAACUUUCUCAAGGGAAGAUAGAAGUACUGCUUACAUUGUAGUUCUUUCAUUUUUUUGGUUGAAUUUUUGUUUCCUUUUGUGACUCCAUUACUGACCAAACGUGGUUAGAAGAAACAAUGUACGAGCUCGUUCAUAAAUUAAAGUAUAUACGUUUUCCAA